AUGAUUCCCAGGGCAAUAUUCGCGCGUGCUUUGCGCCAAAAGGCUGCUCCCAAACGCGCCAUCCAAACCCUCACACGACCGACUCGCAUCGUUCCAUCAUCGACACGAUCCGCAUCGCGCGUUCCUCAUCAAACGGCAAGAUGGCUCUCAUCCAAGUCGCUCGCGGACGAAAAGAUUGAGGAAAUCACGGAGCUGUAUGCCACUGCGCAAGAUGAAUUUGAGAUUGCCAUGGAAGAGACGGAAAAAGUAUCCGUGUACGCCGAAGAGGACCGCAAGGCGGCGAGGGAGGAGUUGACCCGAGUCCAAGAAGCAUACAAGGCUGCUGUAGAGGGACCAGAUCAGCAGCUGGCCGAAGAGGUCAAACGGCGGGUUGGACACCGAAUCCGCGAACUCGAGAACGGCGUUUCCGCGAUGGAGGAACUGGCACAAAAUCAGGAUUGA